AACCUCAGGCAACUCUAUGCACGGGGACCUCGGCACAGGUAGAAAAGCAGUGGGUCCAGUGAUCUAGAAGCCCCCAAGUGGGACUGGUGACGCCGUUGCGCUGGACUUCAGCACCUUCAUCUGAGGCUUCUCAAAGGCGAGAUCCGGGUUGUGGCAGGUUGACAGAUCCCUACCCCACAGGAGAUGGGGCUUAGGAGAUAAGCCCUGCGGUCACGCCCUGCCGCCCCCCACCCGAGGCUGCAGGCCCCCAGGCCCUUCCUGAUGGGGCCCCAGGGCCUCCUGACUGCCGCGCUGCUCCUGGCCCGGGCGGCGCCGCGCGAGGCCUCUCAGCACUGCGGCCGCCUGGAGUACUGGAACCCUGACAGCCGGUGCUGCGGCAGCUGCCUGCAGCGCUUCGGGCCGCCCCCCUGUCCUGGGUACGAGUUUUCGGAGAACUGCGGCCUCAACGACUUUGGCGACCAUGUGAGGCACCCCUUCAGGCCGUGUCCUCCUGGGCGGUGCAACCCCGACGGCGCGGAGCUCUGCGGCCCCUGCGGUGGCGGAGGCACGGCCCCCACUCCCGCGGGGGGCGGCGGGGCGACCCGGCCUCGCUGCGGAGAGAAGCCAGUUCCUACCAAGGAGCCCUGCAGCCUGGCGACUUCCAGCCUCUCACGGACCUCUCCAGCUACUGAGCCACUUUCUGCCGUACCGAGUUUUGUCCUGCCCGUGGUGCUGGUUCUGCUCGCCCUGGCAGGCGUCCUCUUGCUCGCCCUGCGGAAGCGCCGCUGCUGCCACCGCCGGGGGAAGGCUCACCUCCGCCCCUGCCCUGGCUUGGUGUGGGGAGAUACCAACACCCACAGCCCCCUGUCUUUGCAUCAGUCCACUCCAGGAUCCCUGGAGGCCUCCGAGGCAGGGGAUUCGUGGAAGACCUCUCUGCCUCCGCUCCUAGGCAGGGAGCUGCCUGGUUUGGCGUCAGAGCCCCUGUCCCGCCUCCUGGAUGAGCUAGAGGUGCUGGAGGAGCUGAUCAUGCUGCUGGACCCCGAGCAGGGGCCAGGUGGGGGCGGGAUGGCCUGUGGCACCACCAGACACCUGGCGGCGAGGUACGGACUGCCUGCUGCCUGGUCCACCUUUGCCUACUCGCUGCGACCCAACCGCUCGCCUCUGCGGGCCCUGAUUGAGACGGUGGUGGCAAGGGAGCCCUCCGCCUCCCUGGGCCAGCUCAGCAAACACCUGGCCCAGCUAGGGCGGGCUGAUGCGCUGCAGGUGCUGUCCAGGCUUGGCUCGCCUCGGGCUUGCCUGGCCUAAUACUCAAUAGAUUCCCUUAAAGGAAGCGCCUGCAGUUGGCUUCAUUAUGGGGCCCUCUUGCAACACAGCCCUAAUUGGGCCAAGACCCAACCGACACCCUCUCAUUCCCCUUCCUGCAGCAAAGGGGCCCAUCUCCCGCCCCCCCCAAGAGCAGGUGUGGGAGAGCUGGCCUCUGGGCAGCCUGGGCCCCUCCAAGAAAACUUGCUAGCCCGGGAGAAGGCACCUGCCAGGGCCCAGCUGGGCUCUCACUCGGGAAACGGAGACUGUCUGUUGCUCUGCAGCCAUGGCAGACCCCACAGCCCACUGACGCCUGCCGCUCACCUACCUGUCCAGCCUGAUGGGCUUUUCCUUGGCUCGGGAUGGGCGUGGGGGACACAGAAACAGGAGCUCCAUCUGCCCCCAACAGCAGACAAAGGGCAAGACCACCUCUCCAAACAUUGACAGACUUUAUUGUGGGGGGUUCCCACCUGGGUUCCCACCCUCUUAAAUAAAAAAGUGCAUAGAAAAGAAGGGAUUUAGA